GUCCGACGUCUUCAUCCCAAAGCCCUCGAAGCGUCCCAGGGGAGCGCUACAUUGUCCUCCGGUCCGGAUUUCGGCACAAAUCGUCCCAGGAUCCGACGGGAGCGGUGGAGAGCUCGACCGUCCGUUACGACGCGAUUGGCUCCGUUCGAUUCCUUUCGGACACCCCGCGCCUUUCUAAAUUUAGAUCGAUUUCAUCUCGCACCGAGGGUUCCGCAGGAGUCAUCUCCUUUCUUCCCCCCCUUCGUCGGAGGAACCUUGUUUUUUUUUUUCUUUUUUCGGUGGGUUUAUAGGUUUUCCGGCCGGAUUCCGGUCGAGUUCUGGUUGGAGACGAAGAGAAUCGGCGGAAAUCUUAGGUGGGAUCUUAGGGGAGGCAGAUGGGUGGAAGAUGGAGAAGAGUGGGAACGUCGGUUGUAAGUGCUUUCGGCUUCUUCUUGGCAUCAGCGGUGGUAUCGGCAGAGCGGGGCUUCAAGAUUGGUGGUUUAUUGGACGAUGUUAGUGCCGAUGGGGAGACGUUUGUGUUCAGUGAUCUUCUAAAGGUGGUGGGUUUCUUGUGGCAGGCCGACGGAUCUCAUUACCACCACGUUUGGCCGCCAAUGGAAUUUGGAUGGAGACUUGUGAUAGGCUCGUUGAUUGGGUUCUUCGGAGCGGCUUUCGGGAGCGUUGGAGGCGUUGGUGGGGGUGGAAUUUUUGUUCCCAUGCUUACACUUAUUGUUGGGUUUGAUCCGAAGUCAUCAACAGCAUUGUCAAAAUGUAUGAUCAUGGGUGCUGCGGGGUCAACUGUCUACUACAAUCUUAAGUUGAGGCAUCCAACUUUGGAUACACCAAUCAUCGAUUAUGACUUGGCUUUGCUUAUUCAACCAAUGCUUAUGCUUGGGAUCAGUAUAGGUGUCAUUUUUAAUGUCGUAUUUCCUGACUGGAUGGUUACAAUUCUCCUAAUUGUCUUAUUCUUAGGGACAUCAACUAAGGCAUUUUUGAAGGGGCUUGAAUCAUGGAACAAAGAGACAGUGAUGAAGAAGGAGGCUGCUAAACGCUCUCAGCCCAGCAGUAAGAAUGGGAGGAGUGGUGGAAAUCAAGAAGUAGAAUAUAAACCUCUUGCUACUGGUCCAAGCAAUGCUGGAGAGGUUACUGUGACCGCAGAACCAGAGGUACCAGUUCUUCAGAAUGUUUGCUGGAAGGAGCUUGGGCUUCUUGUCUUUGUAUGGAUAGCAUUCCUCAUAUUACAGAUCACCAAGAACUAUACAGCAAUCUGUUCGAUAUGGUUUUGGGUUUUGAACUUGCUGCAGAUCCCUGUCUCCAUGGCAGUGACUUUAUAUGAAGCAAUUAGUUUAUACAAUGGAAAAAGAGUGAUUGCAUCCAAGGGGCAUGAAGGAACAAACUGGAAAGUCCAUCAGUUAUUUAUAUACUGUUCAUUAGCUGUCAUUGCUGGUAUAGUUGGUGGACUGCUUGGACUAGGAGGAGGCUUUAUUUUAGGUCCACUGUUUUUGGAGCUUGGCAUCCCUCCACAGGUCUCAAGUGCAACAGCAACAUUUGCUAUGACAUUCUCGUCAUCCAUGUCCGUUGUAGAAUACUACCUCCUAGAUCGUUUUCCUGUUCCAUAUGCUCUCUACUUUAUCACUGUGGCAGCAGUGGCUGCCUUUGUUGGCCAACACGUGGUGAGAAGACUAAUCAUUCUGAUGGGGAGGGCGUCACUUAUCAUCUUCAUAUUGGCUUUCACAAUCUUCGUUAGUGCAAUCUCAUUAGGUGGAGUUGGAAUUUCAAACAUGAUCAGAAAAAUCAAGGAUCAUGAGUACAUGGGAUUUGAGAACCUCUGCAGAUACCAAACUUAGGAACAAGAAGGGAAAGGUUUAUGUUGAGAUCGAUUGAGUUUGUUUCAUUAUUUCCAAGCUCUGAAUUAUUUUCUUCAGGACGGGCCCCAAGAUGUGGUCCAUUUAGUUUCCGUACUAACUACCGUCAAGAUUUUCUUUUUUCUUUUUUUUGGCUUUUCCAUAGGAAAACAAAAAUUCUUGUUAUAUUUAUUCUAGGAUUUCAUAUUCUGUCUUUCCACUGCUCGGAUUAAUCUGCCUGUCAUCAUAAUUUCCAUCUUAAUCAAUAUUUAUGUUGUGCCUUCUUAACCAAUUUGCUGACUUAUAAAACUGGGAAUCGACUUUGUUAUUUAGGGCUG